AUGGGGCUUCACACCCCCUUUAUCCGCCGCGCAGCAGCAGACUUCAACGCCCGACAAGAGAAACAAGCUAGGAACUUGGCCCCAGAGCGCGGAAGAGCACGAUCGCAAGAUUCCCCGGAAACCGGGUUCACGGAUGCCGGGGAGGAGCAGGAAUUGCUCUCGCGGGAGGAGGACAGCGACCCCGAGGGCGUGCGGAGACGGAGUACGAGCAGCAGUGCUCCGAACCGGAAAGCGCAGAACACAAGUGCAUCUGCAGGCUUAGAGGAAGGUGGUUCUAGUCCGAGUGGGCUUGAUACCGCGGAAGGCGGCAUAGAUGGGGAUGAGGAUAAUCUACCCAUGCCGGCGUGGAGACGUGGUGCUCCUGUGAAGCAGUCCUGGCUGCGAACGAAGAUUGUUUCUGUUUUUUGGACUGUGAUUAAUCUGCUACGUACUCCUGCCUAUGCAAUUCCGCUGGUGAUCAAUCUCACAGGCAGUAUUUGGUUCUUUUUGCUUGUUGGGAAACAUGGUAGGUGGUAUUCCACGGCUUGA